AUGAACGAUACGACUCUGUCUUUGGGCUCAGAGAUAAGAGACCCGGAGAUAUCGCCAGAGCACUCGAGAGACCCCGAAAAGGCUCACUUGUCGAAUUCCAACAUUGUAGACUGGGAUGGCCCUGAUGACCCCGAGAACCCCGUCAACCUACCCUUAGCACGCAAAUGGAUCAUUACCAUCAGUUUGUCCCUGACGAAUUUCACAACGACAUUUGCAUCGUCCAUCUUUAGCACAGCGAAUGGACAGACGGCCGAACUGUUCCAUGUUAGCGGCGAAGUCAUGGUCCUGGGAACUUCGUUAUACCUCGCCGGCUUCAUCUUUGGGCCGUUCAUCUUUGGACCUUUCAGCGAACUCUACGGCCGGAAAAGGCCCCUAUUCUUCGGAUUCAUCAUCUUCGCCAUCUUCCAGAUACCCGUCGCCGUCGCCCAGAACAUCCAAACUGUCAUGAUCUGUCGCUUCUUUCAAGGGGUGUUUGGGUCAGCGGCGCAGGCUGUGACAGGGGGUGCACUGGCGGAUAUUUGGAAUGCGGAACAGAGAGGCUUCGCGGUGCCUGUCUUCGCUGGCUCGUUAUUUGGCGGGCCUAUUUUUGGACCUAUUAUUGGUUCUUUCAUCGUUCAGAGCAAACUUGGAUGGCGAUGGACCCAAUGGAUCACCAUGAUAAUGGCGGCCACGUUCGGAAUAUUCGCUUUCAUCACCAUCCCUGAGACAUACAGCCCCGUCCUCCUCGCCCAACGAGCCAAGCGUCUCCGCCACAAGACCCGCAACUGGGCACUUCACUCCCUCUCCGAGGAACGAGAGAUAUCGUUGAAAGAUAUAGGCACCCGAUACUUGUUCCGUCCAGCGCAGAUGCUGGUACAAGAACCUAUUCUGUUCCUCGUCACCAUCUACAUGGGGUUUGUCUUUGGCAUCAUCUACCUCAACUUCGAAGCCUUCCCGAUCUCAUACUCCGAACACCGCCACUGGAGCGCCGGCGUCUCCUCCCUCCCCUUCAUCGCCGUCCUCCUUGGCGCCCUCGCCGGCUGCCUGCUCGUCGCCCUCACAACGAAAUCUAAACUCGCUCCAGACCCCGCUCAGGGCCGAUAUCAAGAAGCCCGCAUGCCACUGAUGGCACUCGGAGGCUUUGGCUUGAUGAUUGGACUCUUCUGGUUCGCCUGGACGAGUUUCCCCUCGAUCUCUCCCUGGCCGCAGAUUCUUGCUGGGGCACCUAUAGGCUUUGGAAUCAUGCUCAUCACGCUGCAAGGCAUGAACUACGUGAUCGAUUGCUAUGCGAUGUAUGCGAACUCAGCGUUGGCGGCGAAUACGUCGAUUCGAUACUGUCUCGCGGCGGGCUUCCCGCUGUUCGCGAACGGGAUGUUCCACAAUCUAGGGGUGCCCUGGGCGACGUCGGUGUUAGGAUUUAUUGCGCUGGCGCUCUUGCCUGUGCCUCUUUUGUUCUGGAAGUAUGGUGAGAAGAUCCGCAGCAUGAGCAAGUUCGUCAUGACGUGA